UUCAAACCCAAACGGUGACAAAACAAGAGCAAUCACGCACAAUUUCAAUGAGACAGAGGGGGGUAUUUUUAGGUAAGCUUUCUAAGCCAGAAUUUUACUUGUUUGAGCUCUGACGAGCUAUCCUCAUCAAGCAAAUCCAGACGAUUCUUGAGCCAAAGGUACUUUAACUCAAAACUUUGAGCUUCAGUUUCGUAUUUUCAGAUUGAUCUGGGCUUAAAAAUCUGGACUUUCGUCUCAAUCAUGUUGUAGCGUAUAGAUUGUUUCUUCACACUCUGACUUGAGAUUAGGGUUUCUGAUCUGAACUGUAAUGCCUGGUAUUAUUCACCGAUCCUUUGAGUUCCCAAAAUUUAUGUUAAUAGGUUUUCUCAUUUGAUGCUAGAAAUCGAUACUUAGAUUUGAAAUUUUGGAUCUUCGGGUGUGGUUGCCAUGACUUACGGUUUGCAUUUGGUGUUUGACUUAAAUGUGAUUUCUGAGAAUUGAGUCCCAUGGACGGUAUCGGGGAAUCUUCUGAAUCUGCAUGUGGAGAAUCUAGUUCUCAAUCGAAGAAAACUGGGUCUUUUCGUGAAGAUGAUAGCUGCCGUAAACAAGUGUCACCUAUAAGGGGCGGUGGCUCGAGGAACACGAGUCCACUGAGUCGGGUGAGAUCAAGGAACACUAGCCCUUUAAGGCAGAAAGUGAUUAUGACCAAACCACGUGGAUUAGAUGAGGAAAGGGUUGCAACAUUUGGUAAAGCAGUUCACCCCGAUGUUCAAAUGGAAGAUAGAAUAUGGGCAAUGUUGCCCGAAGAUUUGUUGAAUGAGAUUUUGGCUAGGGUUCCACCCUUUAUGAUCUUUCGCCUACUCUCUGUUUGUAAACGUUGGAAUUCAAUUCUUCAAGAUAGUAGUUUUCUUAAAUUCCAUUCACAAGUUUCAUCUCAUGGACCUUGUCUUCUAACAUUUUGGAAGAACUCACAGACCUCACAAUGCUCGGUCUUCAGCUUGCCGUUAAAAACAUGGUAUAGGAUUCCAUUCACUUUUUUGCCACGGUGGGCAUUCUGGCUGGUUGGUUCUUCAGGCGGUCUUGUUUGCUUUUCUGGGCUAGAUGGGUUGACUUUCAAAACUUUAGUUUGCAAUCCGCUCACACAAACUUGGAGGACAUUGCCGAGUAUGCACUACAAUCAGCAAAGGCAACUGAUCUUGGUUGUCGACAGGAUGGAUCGAUCGUUUAAACUCAUAGCCACUAGUGAUAUAUACGGUGACAAAUCUUUGCCCACUGAGGUAUAUGAUUCAAAGCUCAACAGUUGGUCACUUCAUCAGGUGAUGCCUGCAGUUAAUCUUUGCUCUUCAAAGAUGGCAUAUUGUGACUCCAAAUUGUAUUUGGAAACCCUUUCACCACUUGGUCUAAUGAUGUAUCGGAUGGAUUUGGGUUGUUGGGAACACAUUCCAGCUAGGUUCCCACGGUCUUUGUUGGAUGGGUAUUUGGUUGCUGGAACUCAGAAGCGUCUGUUUCUAGUUGGAAGGAUUGGUCUUUACAGUACGCAUCAGAGUAUGAGAAUUUGGGAAUUGGACCAUGCAAAAAUUAUCUGGGUGGAGAUUAGCAGGAUGCCACCAAAGCAUUUCCGAACUUUGUUGAGGUUAUCGGCUGAGAGGUUUGAGUGCUUUGGUCAAGAUAAUUUGAUCUGUUUUACAUCUUGGAACCAAGGGAAGGGCCUUCUAUUUGAUGUGGAUAAGAAGGUUUGGUCCUGGAUUCCUGGCUGUGCUCUUCAGUCAUACAACAGCCAAGUUUGUUUCUAUGAGCCAAGAUUUGAUGCUGCUAUCUACUGACGAAGAAAUUUUUCACUGCAGUGUCCAGUUUUGUCAAUUACAUGAGGUUUAUGAGUUGUUAGCGUCUUCAUUUGGCGUCUUCUCUGAUUUAUUUCUUCUGUGCAUCCGUGAGAAAGUUUCUUCGCCCUAAGUUGGUCGCUUCAUCAUCCAAUUUCUUUGAGCUUUAUUUGCUAUAUUGGCAAUAAAGGUACAUCCUGAAAAGAACAAAAAACAGUGUUCUUGGUGAAAAUUUGGCAAUGCAAGGGUGAUAUCACCUAAUACCAGGGCUCUGAAAUCCACAAUGAUUGAACCGGGUUGUAGUUUAGACAAGGGCUAGAUCCUUAAUGGAAGGGAAGUAAGCAGGCGGUUUUCUUUCCAACUCUUGUAAAAUAUUUUUGAAACUGAUUUGUACAUGGAAGCUGCAUUUCACCAACUUUUUCUAUACCUUGCUCAUUAAUCAAAUAGUACAACGGUCUAUUUUUUUUUAA